AUGGUCACCACCCCUCCUUUCAAUUUAUUACCUAUUCUGCAACCAUUUAGUGAUGCUUUAAAACUUGUUCUUAAAGAAACAAUAGUACCAGCUCAUGCAAAUAAAGUAUUAUUCUAUUUAGCUCCUAUAUUAACUUUAGUAUUUAGUUUAUUAGGUUUAGGAGUUAUACCUUUUGGUGAAGGUUUAGUUAUAUCUGAUUUUUCUAUGGGAAUAAAAUUAUUUAUAAUAUAA